AUGGCUUCAGAAGCACCUGCAAAGCAGAAACUCAACAUCAAUGAGAACAACAUUACAACUUACGUCAAUGAAGUAGCCAAAAGAAGAUCACAGGCAUAUUUUACCAGAGCAGAUGAAUUUUCUAACGUGAAACUACCUAGAGCUCCAGCCAAAUGGGAAUUUCAAUCAGGUUGGUAUAAAUAUGAAACAGGUAAACCACCAAUCAAAGUCCCCUUCCCAGAAGAAGAUGCUAUUGUAUUUGAUACUGAAGUUUUGUAUAAGAUUUCUCCUUAUCCAACAUUGGCUACCGCUGUUUCAUCAAAAGCUUGGUAUGGUUGGGUUUCUCCUUAUUUAGUUGGUGAAGAAUUGAAUCCUGGUACUUUAAUACCAUUAAAUCCUGAGAAUAAAGAUAAAGUGAUUGUUGGUCACUAUAACCAUUUUGAUAGAGUUAUGGUUAAAGAUGAAUAUGAUGAUACAAGUUUCCAAAAUUCAAAUUCAUGUCAUCUUGAUAUAGUUGGAUUACAUUAUUUUUGUAAUACCAAGAUUGAUAAUAAAAUGCCUAAUACACUUGAUAGGAUCCGUGAUCCAUUAUUUCAUAAAAACAAUUCAAAUUCAUUAUUAGGUAAAGAGAAUAAUAAAUUUCAUAUGCUUUCAAAACUUUAUUUUCUUGUUACAAAAAGACAAUUAAGUAAAGAACUUAGAAAUUUAUUUGGGAAUACUAGAAAGGAAGAAGUUGUGGAGAAUUUCCAAACUGCAAUGAGUUAUUGUGCUAAAGAUGUGGAUGCUACGCAUCAAGUAUUCACAAACUUUUGGAAGAAGUGUUUACAAAAUCCACAUUUUUACAAAUAUCUUUCAGGUGUUAAAUUGUUAGGGAAUCAUAAAAUGAUUGUUAAUAAAUCUCAAUGGGAUGAAUAUAAUAAAUCCAAUGAUGAUAAGAGUAAGAAAUUACUUGAAAAUAUUAAUAAAAGAGUUCGGGGCAUUGGAAGAGAUUAUGGUUUCCCAAAUACAACUCUAGAAUCACCUGAAAUUGCAGAUUUAUUAGGAAUCAAAUUCUUGAAAAAAUAUCCACUUAAAGAUAAUAAAAUUGUGAGAAAUAAAGGUAGAUUUAAUCAAAAUAUUACUUAUUCAAUUAAACUUGAUGAGUCAACUUUAAAAGAUUAUCCAUUGGUUACUGAUAAAUCAAGCCCAAUAACUCUAAAUUCAAAGGAUUUAUUUCUAAGAGAUUAUGCAACCUAUCGUAAACAAUAUCAUACAGAUUAUAGAGAUCUUUGGAUUAAUGGUAUUCUCACGGUUAAACCUGAAUAUCAAGAUAUAAUUGAUGAUUAUUUGAAUUUCACCUCUUGGGAAUUCAAUAAAUGUCAUGAUGCAUUCUUAUUAUCUCAAAAUUCUAAACAAAAUGAACUUUCAACUUUCCUUCCAUGGAUUAUACCUUCAGUUUUUGAAAAUUCUGAACCAACUUCAAAUUCAUUACACGAGUUAAUUCUAGAAAAUUUUGUUGAUAUUGGUAAAGGAAUUGAAGAUCAAUUAGUUGCGCCUAAAGGUUACGAAUUCGUUUCUUUGAGGAUUGAUAAUGAUUUUAUUGAAUCUUUAAUCAAUAAGCAAGAUAACCUUCAAAAUGUUGGUCCUUAUUUAAUUAGAGAUGGUUUAAAAUCUUGUAAAGUUGGUUAUUUACAUAGAGCAUUAAUUCAUAUUGAUAAUUUAUUUGGAAAAAAAGGAAUCAAAGAAUAUCAAUUGAUGUCAACUUUUAAAGAUCGUUUCAUAAUUUUAGUUAAAGAAACUCAACAACAAGAAGCUGAUGAAUUGUUGAAGCAAGUUGAUAAUUUAAUCAAAUUUGAAUUUAAUUCAAUUUUCCAUAAUGAACAAAAUGUUUUGAUAAUUGAAGAUGAAUUAGAACUAAAACCUGAUACAAAAACUAUUUCUGAAUUUGAUAUCUAUAAAGAUAUGAAAUCACUUGCCUCAGAACCUAGAAGACUGUAUUGA